GUUUGACAGAAAUAUUUUUAGCUUGCUAGCUAGAUCACCCUUGCUAAACUUCGACAAAUAAUAUCAACAAUAUACAAAAUCAUAUCCAAAAAAGGGUCUUUUGUUUUUGUUUUUCCAUCUUCUUUUUCCUAGCUCUUGAUCAGCAAUAUGGACAAGUAUUUCAAUUUUGUAAGGAACAACAAUGGAGUGAUCAAACUACCUCCUGGCUUCCGGUUCCAGCCAACGGAUGAAGAGCUCGUCUUUCAGUAUCUAAGACGCAAAAUCUUCUCAUGCCCUAUGCCAUCUUCUUCAGAUCAUCACAUCAUUCCUGAGAUCAAUGUGUGCAAGUAUGAUCCUUGGGAUUUGCCCUCAGGUGAUAUUGUGGAACAAGAGAGGUAUUAUUUUAGCAACAAGGAAGCAAAAUAUAGGAACGGAUCAAAUAAAGCAAACAGGAAGACAAAUUCAGGUUAUUGGAAAUCAACUGGGUCAGAUAAAAAGAUUGUGUCUUCAACAAUGAAGCAUAUUGUAGGGACGAGAAAGACCCUAGUUUUCUACAGAGGAAAGCCUCCUCAUGGCUCUAGAACUGAUUGGUUCAUGCAUGAAUAUAGUCUUAAUAUUGUCGAUGUAGAAGAUGAUCAGACUAACAGUGGCAAUAAUUUCCCACAGAUUUCUCAAAGCCAAACAGAAAAUAAUUGGGUUCUCUGCCGGAUAUUUUUGAAGGAAAGAUCAAGUAGUAGUACUAACAAUAACAUUAAUAACAUUGAUGAGAUCCAGCAGAAUUGGAAGGAUAAUAAAAUGAGAAGAUCAGUUGGGAUUAAUGAUUGUCAGCCUUAUAAACUGUAUGAUCUUGUUAUGGGAUGCGAGAUUGAUACGAGUCCCAUGCUGCCGUUGUCGUCGUCUUCUUCUUCAAAUUCAAGUUAUGUCACUGAGGAUCAUGAGGUAUCUUCAAGUGGGGGCAUGCCAUGAAGAAAGCAGUGGCUGCUCCGAUUAUUUUGACAUGAACAUGUUUCAUCAAGAGCCAGUGCCAAAUAGCAACCUUUCGUCUUCUUCAGAUCAGAUAUUGUGAAUGUCUAUGCCCAAUAUUUAUGUCCAAAAAUAGUGGAGAUUUAAAAAAGUACUUCAGAAAUGGAAAAUAUAUAUUCCA